GACGGGUACCAGACUCGGCAUAAUCGGGAAUUUCGCCAGGGACUUCCAAACAUGGCGAACCCAUCGUCUGACAGCGGGGAUCCCCGCUCGCCUCUUGAUAGUGUUCUCAACACUUUCCUGCCCCAGGGCCACGAAAAGGCCCUUAAGCAGGCCUUCUACAAUGCUGCCACUAUCCUGUUCAUCGUGCUGUUCUGCGGUGCGGCGGUCGCUGUGUAUUUCGUGCUGGAGAUUUUCAUCAAGCCGUUGUUGUGGGCCGUUUUGUGUGGCACGGUUCUGUAUCCGUUCAAGUACACACUGACAAGCUACGUCAGUGGCUGGCUGCAGGGUCUGGAGGACUCGGGCACCCCGCUGGUGGUAGGCACUGUGGCUAUCCCCCUCAGCUUGCUCAACUUUGCCUCGGAGCAACUGGGCCAGGUCAUCUCCCAGCGCUUCAAGCUGCUGGCAGCCGUGUCACUGGGCCUGCCCCUGACCUACCUGGCCUACCAGUGCCUGGACUACGUGGUGCAGGUUGUUCUGGGGGUGUUCCAUGUACUGUAUGAGGGCCUGGGGUACUUCAGCACUCUCUGGGUGUGGACCAUCAUCAUUGCCUACCUCCUGCUGGUCAUCUUCUGGUGGAAUGACUCCACCAAGGGACUCCUGGGCAGCCUGUCAGUGCCAGUCUGGAUCAUCCUGCUGCUGCACCUGGCCAAUCUGACAGGACCAUUCCGCGUCCUGCUGUUUGUGGUGGUCAUCACCCUGGUGGCGCUGGGCUACAGUACUAUGCGCAGGAAGGAGGCAGUGGAUGGGACAGACGGUGAUGAGGAUCAAGAUUCAAGCCUCACAUCCUCUGAGACGGAGAUCAGCCCCAAGGCCUCGGACACAUCAGUAUCUCCUGAGGCACAAGAGGACCAGGCUGCAAAAGGAGACACUGGUCUCGGAGGAGAUGGUCAGGAGGGUGAAGCCAAAAAGGAGGAAGGAGUAGAUGAAGCAGAUCUGGACCGGCCAUCAAGGCUCGACCUCCCUCAGGCUGUGCAAGAGCCAAAAACAAAGGCAAAGAGCAUCAAGGAUAAGGUUCCACUCAGCACUCGUUACCUGCUGGGACUCUUCUGGACCUGCGUCUUGGUCCGUCUCUGGAUGCACAUGUGGCUCCUGCAGCUCCUCCCCAUCCCCAUUGCCAUCUGGCUGCUGAAGCGAGUGGCCACUCAGACUGGCCUGUGGGACUUCGUGAUGGCAAAGGUGGCGUCUUGGAGGGCGGAUGCAAUGGACUGGGUUGCAGGAAGGGAAGACGCCUUCAUCCCUCCUUACAUCAGGGGUCUAACGGGGCUAUUCCUCAAGGGAGACAGAAUGGUGAUUGGUGUGCUGCAGAAUUCUGUGGACAAAGUCAUCAGUAUCGUUCUCAUCCUUGGUGUCAUGAUAGCCACAGUCAUCAUAGCAUUUCUGAUGGCGAUACAGAUACAACAGGAGAGUAUGUACUUGAUUCAGUUGUCUGGCAAUCUGGUGAAUGAGACCAUCGCUCAGAACCCAGACCUACAGCAAUGGUUCCCUGGGGCAGCUGACAUGCAGCAAGCCGUGGACACAGUGCUGAAUGAUGCUUACCAUUAUGGCAGGGAUUGGAUAUCUCAGAAGGUGCAGAGCACGUUGGGUGGUGACGAUGACAAUAAGGAGCACAUCGAGGAGCAGGUAUUGGAGCUGUGGGAUCGACUAUAUGCACAGCUAGCUGUCAAGAAUGGCACCGGUGGUGAUGACGAUGAUGAUGACAACCAUCGCUUCCUGGCUGCUAGCGUGGACAUGUCUUGGAAUGGUCUCAGGGAGACGAUGGGCAAACUGGACAAUAUUGAAAUGGGUGGGUUUGUGCAGACCGUGCAGGACAACUUGGAGACUGUCAAAUCGGUCUUGGAGUCAAUUUGGACUGUGCUGAUCAGUAACGUCAGUAUCCUCUUCACCAUUCUCACAGCCCUUCUCCGGUUUGUCUUUGAGGGCAGCACAGCACUGCUCAACUUCAUCAUCUCUUUCCUGGUGUUUGUGACAACCCUGUUCUAUCUGCUGAGCUCAAGCCGUGAUCAGUUCCUACCCAUGAAGUGGAUCUCGGGGCUGACCCCUGCCGGCCCGUCCAGUAGCAAGUACAGCAGCGCUUUGGAGACCGCAAUCAGAGAUGUUCUGGGAGCAUCCAUCAAGAUGUCUGCCUUCUAUGGACUCUAUACUUGGCUGACUCACACGCUGUUUGGCAUCAAGAUUGUAUUCAUCCCAACAGCUCUGGCGGCCAUACUGGGUUUUGUGCCCUUCCUGGGCACCUACUGGGCAGCCAUACCGGGGGUCAUCGACCUGCUGGUGCAGGGUGAGAGAGGCCUGGCGAUAUUCCUGCUGGUCUGCCAUUUCAUCCCCAUGUCUGUGGUGGACACAGCCAUUUACAGUGACAUCAAAGGCGGUGGCCACCCCUACCUCACGGCCCUCUCUGUGGCUGGCGGUAUUUUUUACUUUGGCCUGGAGGGCGCCCUCAUCGGCCCCAUACUGCUGUGCGGGCUGCUGGUGGUUGUUAACAUCUACAGCAAGAUGAUGCAGGGCUCUAGUAGUGCACCCUCGUUGAUCAACCUGAGGGGCACGUCCUUGGCCCCCCAGGGCAGAAUGAGGUGGGCAUUCCGCAGAUCAGACACAGUGUCUUGAACGACUUGCUGUCACGUUGCCCAUCAGUUGCACACCUCCAUCACACUGUGUGAAACAUUGGGGAAACCACCCAGUACAUUGACAAAUUGGUAUUUGUGUACAUGUAUAUUGGUCCACCCCAACUGCACAUGUUCUACAGGGUAUCUCACCUGGCUUUGCCAAGCAGUCAGUGGUGACUUGUUAACCAUGCUAGAAAGCGUACUAUGUUCCCUUUCAGUGUCUCUUUGAAUCUGCAGGUCCGCAACAUUUUGCCAAUAUUUGUAGCUGUUGCAAUAUUUGAGAGUUUUUGUUUCUUUACAGUAGUUUAAGCUUAGAGUCAUCACAGAAUUGUAUAAUACAUGCUGAAAAUCAUGUUUUCUCUGUGCUUUCAAAGCAGUUUGAUUUUUACGGAAGCUAGUCUUUGUAGAUAUUGUUGCUGUCCAACAGAAACUUUUUGAUCAAGCAUAACAACUCAGAUUGUCACAAAUUCGACACCUCUUCUUCGGGGGGGGGGGGGUCCAGGUGUAGGCUACUGGUGCUGUGCCCCCAUGGACCUCCCAAUUUCUCAUUUUGAUAAUGAGGCAUGUUUUUGUCUAUUUUCCUUCCAAAAUGCGUAAAAUGCCCCCAAAUGUAGCUUCACCCUUCAGAGAAUGGACAUAAAAGGUUACAUGAAGAAAAUACCCACUUUUGCCCCCCUCCCCAAUUUGGUUCUGGAUCUUCCCUUGCUCUUGUAGCAACGAUUAGGUGCAACCGGGACUUUAAAGCACAUACAUGUACUGCACAUUGUUGUGUGUAGGAUUCAACCUUCAAUUUCUACAGGUGUCAUCAACUCAUAACACAAAUAAAAUUUUGGAAAUGACACAUUUUGAGCAAAUCAUGUCGUUUUAAGAAUAUCUGUGGUUUACUUGUGUGUGUCAUGGUUAUUUAAACUUGUUUGUUCUACUAUUAGUUCAUUUGAGUUAAUUUUUAAAUAUUCAGGCAGUGAUAGCAAGGGAUAGACAUCUCAGUCGAAGGUUUGGAGUGAUUAGCUUUCGCUGGUUUUUUUUUUCAAAGUUAAAGUAUACAGGAAACUGUGAACAUGUUGCAUUGCUCAACAUUCAUGUACAUGUAUUGUGCAAUAGUGAAUGCAUGUAAUAUAGAAUGGGAAACUCCGCAAAAAUGGUGUUCAGGGGGAUAGAAACAUUUAUUAUUAGCUAGAUGUCAGAAGCGAUCUUACACUUGGAAUGUUUAUAUGUGUGACUUGUUCUUUUAGAGACUGAGAGGAUGCUGUAAUUGAAAAAUGCUACAUUGUCAAUUCAGGGGCCGAAGAAGUGUUCAGGUAUUAAAGUCUAUUACUUAAAAGUUAUUGGCUUUGUUGUUACAUAAUAAUAACAUGAAGUGUGUACAGUGUGGUUUGUUA